UCGGAGGAGGCAGAGGGGCGAUUGAAGGAUGGCGGUGGUGGUCUUGCUGGGGCUGAGCUGGUUCUGCGCCCCCCUGGGAGCUCUGGUUCUGGACUUCAACAACAUCAAGAGCUCUGCGGAUGUGCACGGGGCUCGGAAGGGUUCACAGUGCCUGUCUGACAAGGACUGCAAUUCCAGAAAAUUCUGCCUCAAACCUCAAGAUGAGAAGCCAUUCUGUGCUACGUGUCGCGGGUUACGAAGGAGGUGCCAACGUCACGCCAUGUGCUGCCCUGGGACACUCUGCGUGAAUGAUGUUUGUACGACGGUGGAAGAUGCAGUGCCAGUAUUGGAGAGGCAGAUCGAUGACCACGAUGCUGUGGACACGAAGGGAACAACCGAGCAUCCGAUUCAGGAAGACAAACCGAAAAGGAAGCCAAAUAUUAAGAAAUCACAAGGCAGUAAGGGGCAAGAGGGAGACAGAUGUCUCCGAACUUUUGACUGUGGAGAUGGACUUUGCUGUGCUCGUCAUUUUUGGACUAAAAUUUGUAAGCCAGUCCUCCUGGAGGGACAGGUGUGCUCUAGGAGAGGGCAGAAAGACACUGCUCAAGCUCCAGAAAUCUUCCAGCGCUGUGACUGUGGUCCUGGACUAUUAUGUCGAAAUCAAGUGACUGGCAACCGACAACAUGCACGGUUAAGAGUAUGCCAAAAAAUCUAAAAAGCUGUAAAGAUUUCAAAAUAAAAGACAACUCCUUACUGUAUUCAAACACAAAUCUCAGACAUUAAUUGAAAAAUCUUUCCGUAUCUCUGUAAAUCAAAUCUUGUAGCAACUGGAAUAGACUGACCUAGAGCGCCGUGAGGUGCUGCCUUGUGAUGAAGGAAAACUGGCUUUGGCUUUUUGUCUAUUUCUGCAAAGUAAUGUGAUUCCACAGAAAAGUUAAUUUGAUCUAGUGACUCAAUUAGUUCAAAUAAAUCUUGAUGUAAUUUCUGGUGAAAUUCUGGUAUCUGACAGUAGCUUGGGGGGAAAGUGAUGGCCUGCAGGUAAUUCUUAUCUUACCAGUGAAAAUUAACACAGUAAAUUAAGGGGAAAAAAAUUUCCUUAAAAUCCCUCGUUUAUUUUCUUCCAUUUCUUGUAAGGGAAAUGCCCUUUCACUACAAAACAAUUUGGUUAAUAAAGGAAUAAAAUUCAAAAGGUAGUAUUUUACGUGUACUAUAGUCCUCUGCAAGUUAUAAAGCAUUUGCAUAUAUUUUGUUUUCAACAGCUUUACUUAAUCAUUUGAUAACUAUUU